AUGUCCUACUCACCAACGGCAGUCCGUUUCUUUACCGCACCAAAGCCUCUUGGGAAUGCCAUGGAUUCCGUCACUACCAAAAUCACCGCGGCUGAGUCUCAGGGCAAUACGGUCGUGAGGCCAAAUGUAUCACCCGAGCAGCCUUCAUCGGAGGCUGUAAAGGUUCAUACACCCAAGGAAAAGGGUCUGACCUUUGCGAAUCAAGACUCACUUCCGAAACUUCCCAUUCCUGAUCUCGAAGACACAUGCCGGAGACAUCUCGAGGCUCUCUCGCCCUUGCAGACGAUCCGAGAACAUGAGGAGACCAAGGCAGCGGUGAAGGACUUUUUGAAGACCGAUGGACCUAUCCUUCAAGAGAAAUUGAGGACAUAUGCAUCCUCCAAGACAAGUUACAUCGAGCAAUUUUGGUAUGAUUCUUACCUGAACUUCGACAACCCUGUCGUCCUCAAUCUCAACCCAUUCUUCCUGUUGGAGGAUGACCCAACCCCUGCUCGGAACCAUCAGGUCACCCGUGCGGCCUCGUUAGUCGUCUCGGCCCUGUCCUUCGUUCGAGCCGUUCGGAGGGAGGAGCUUCCACCGGAUACCGUUCGGGGCACUCCUCUUUGCAUGUAUCAGUACUCACGCAUGUUUGGAACCGCCCGUCUCCCGACCGAUAAUGGUUGUGUUAUCAGUCAAGACCCUUCGGCCAGGCACAUGGUGGUGAUGUGCCGUGGCCAGUUCUAUUGGUUUGAUGUUUUGGAUGACAACAGUGACUUGAUCAUGACGGAGAAAGAUAUCUCGCUCAACCUGCAUGUCAUUAUUGAGGAUGCCGCGCAGACUCCAAUCCAAGAAGCCGCCAAGGGAGCAUUGGGUGUUCUCAGCACGGAGAACCGUAAGGUAUGGUCGGGUCUGCGUGAUAUCAUGACCAAGGACGCCGCCUCGAACAAUGCCGAGUGUCUGAACAUAGUCGAUACCGCGCUGUUCGUACUGUGUCUCGAUGACACCGAACCCUCGAGCACGGCUGAGCUUUGUGCUAACAUGCUCUGCGGCACGAGCGAAGUGAUCAAGGGUGUUCAGGUCGGCACAUGCACCAACCGAUGGUACGACAAACUUCAAAUCAUAGUUUGCAAGAAUGGUAGUGCGGGUAUCAAUUUCGAGCACACGGGUGUGGAUGGCCAUACAGUUCUACGCUUCGCCAGUGAUGUUUACACCGAUACGAUUCUUCGCUUCGCAAAGACCAUCAACGGCCAGGCCCCAAGCCUAUGGGCUACUACGAGCCCCGACCCUGCUAAACGUGACCCUCGCAGCUUUGGAAAUGUCAGCACAACGCCUCGUAGGCUGGAGUGGGACAUGACUCCGGAACUGAACAUUGCCUUACGAUUUGCUGAGUCUCACCUGUCAGACCUUCUAUACCAGCAUGAAUUCCAGGUCCUGGACUUUGAAGGCUUUGGCAAGAACUUUAUUACCUCCAUGGGAUUCUCACCGGAUGCGUUCGUGCAGAUGGCUUUCCAGGCGGCAUACUACGGACUCUACGGUCGUGUUGAGAACACCUACGAACCAGCCAUGACGAAAAUGUUCUUGCAUGGUCGGACCGAGGCUGUCCGCACCGUGACACCAGAGGCCGUUGAAUUCGUCAAGACAUUCUGGGGUGAGAAUCCGGCAGAGCACAAGAUUGACGCUCUACGCACUGCAACCCAGAAACACACUGCCAUGACUAAAGAUUGCUCAAAGGGACAGGGCCAAGACCGCCACCUGUACGCUCUGUACUGCCUGUGGCAACGGUCAUUUGACGAGGGCCUGUUCCAAGACAGCAGCUCUGCGGGGGGUUACUCGAGCCCCAGUGAUGGCAUGCUCUCCGAGACAUCUGAAGAUAAUUUCUCCUCAUCCCCCGGCAGCGGCAGCAUCCGCGGUCUGCGCACUCCUACUCCUCCCACCCCCGCCAUCUUCAGCGACCCCGGCUGGGACAAGAUCAACACCACCGUCCUAUCAACUUCAAACUGUGGAAACCCCUGCCUACGACACUUUGGAUUCGGUCCAACAUCCGCCGAUGGCUUCGGUAUUGGAUACAUUAUCAAAGACGAUUCCAUCUCAUUCUGCGCCUCGUCUAAGCACCGCCAAACAGCACGGUUGAUGCACACGCUUGAGUCGUACCUAUUCGAAAUUAGGAAAUUGCUGCGCGCGACCAAUCGCAAGGCCACCAGCCCACGGACCAGUCGUGCCCGAGAGACUGAAAUGCUGGCGGAGGGGUUGCAGGCUGAUACCAAUCGACGGGGUAGGGUUGUUCGCGGUGAUAACCGUGGAGCGGACACACCGACCACUACGACGGAUAGUGGGGAGAUCGAGGAUGAUGGCAUGGGUGGCUAUGGAUUCUUCGACGCUGGUAUGCUUCUACAUGCACUCAAAGGUGUCAGCGCCGAGCGCGAACGGGGUGAUAAGCCAGCGAAGCGGAAAUUUGUUGGAAAGAAACUUCAUCUCAAUGAAUAUUGA